AGUGCAUGUCAAAAAAUUAUAACAAAAUAAUCUUAAACAAACCCCAGCAAUACCUCGCAGGCUCCAGUAACCGUAACAAUGCCAGUUAGGUCCGAAAAUAUACGAGAAAAAAUAGAAAAUGGAAUCUACAAGCUUGCAGUCAACGACAAAAGCACGCGCAGCACUGUGUGGCGCGUUUACCGAAAAAUUGAGAAAGAGGAUGGCACAAUCCUUGAGAACCUAUUGUAUUGCACUGGCUGCAAGGGAUUAAUGUCUUUUACCCACAAAUCGACGACAAAUCUACGGCGCCACAGGUGCCAUCUGCAGUAUCUAAAAAAAACACUUGUCUUCGGAUGUAAAUCAAACCCAAAAACACACGAAGGCGAAAUCGACACGAGCGAAGAGGAGCACCACUCACCUAUGGACGAAACGGAACGGAUACCCGCCGUAUUAGAGAUGGAGGUGAGCAAGGAGGAAAAGCAUCAACACCUUGAGGACGAGCUUGAAAAGAAACCCACUGCCGCAGACGUUGCCGCCUUCGCCAGUGCUUGCAUCGUCCAGCCUCAGCUCCAGCCCCAGCCCCAUCUUCAGAAACAGCCGGACAUACCGAUGUCCCUCGAUGUCACUGAAGCUCAGGAGUCCUCUAUAUACGCCCAAACAUGGUCCCUAGAGUAUCGCAAGCUCAGUGAAGACCAGAAGUUCUAUGCCAAACGAGCAAUUGACGAGAUCUUUGUCCUAGGCCGCUUACGGCGCUUGAAAUUAAACACCGUGCCCCCAGCUGAGUAAACAGUCAUCUCCUUGGGAUAAUUGUCAUUAUAAAUAGAGGAUAAUCUGUACAUAUACAAAUUGGUAUUAACUAAAAGAAAUAUUAAUAGCGAAAACCGCCAUCGGUUCUAAAAAUACAAAAAAAUCUCGUUCUCUAAGAAGUGGAAAGUUAUUGGAGAGAAGUCAAAAUUUAACUAUAUUGAAAUUUAUUUAUUGUUUUGGGGGAUUUUAUGAUUUUGAAAUAUCGAUAUCCUACGCCGCAAACCAUCGAUAACAAUUUUGUGUUAAACCACUAACCGUAUAGUAUACUGUCACAAAACAGUUGUUUACGUUUAUCCAAUAAAAUUAAAAUAGUCGGAAAGAGUAUGAAGGGCUCUACAAAAAGGGAUUGAAGGACUGAUCAAUAAGCGUGACCCGAGACCGAGUGUGUUCCUGUUUCUGCAUGAAGAUAACAGCCUAAAAUUUGCACCCCCCACUGAAGACUACGGAUUUGCCAUUGCGCAGUACAAGAAGAAAUUGAAAGACGGCAAAGGUGGACCAGAAAUACAGAUUCCUCCUAGCUCGGCACGUGCCUGUAUACUAUUUGCGACACUCACAGCCCCAUUGCAUCAGACGUAGUCAUCUUUACAACGCUGCAAACAUUCAACACGGCGGACUCUGGAACUGGACUCGGUGGAACUGGCCAGUAAAACGCUGUUCGAGCUGUGGGGCACGCAUCUCGCAGACUACAAGCUUAAUCCCCUAAUCACGCCUGUCACCAACCAGGUGCUUCAUCUAAACAGCAAGAUCUAAGCUCUCGUUUCGGAACUUUUUUUAUGAUUUUUUACUUCUGUGUUUACAUGGUUGCAAAAUUUACUUGGCCUCCACGUCUGGCACGAGUUAAGUAAAUCUAAAAAACAAACAAAA